AAUAUUUAAUAGCAGAUACUGCAGUAAAAAAGGCAAAAUAUCAGAGGCCUAAUACAUAUUUUUGUGUGUGAAAAAAUAAGGUUACACUGGAUUUGAGCCUCAUAAAGUCUAAACUUCUAUUGAUUUAAAAGAGAACAUUAGUUUCAUGUUUUACUGUUUAUCUAUGUUGAUGGGAUUUUUGUUGUUUUGUGUUUGAUCCCACUAAGAUUUAUCUUUUUUAUUUAGCUUUCUCUUUUCGAAUCCAUAUGCAGUCAGUAUAUUACCUGCAGCACAGUAAGAAGACACGGUCACGUCACUCUUUGGUGCAGACUGCUAAAAUGAAACAUUUAGGUUAACGACAUUUACUCGUCACUGUUAACUAUAGAUGACCAUAUUUGGAAAAGGAGGAGGAGCUAAAUACUGACGUGUGAAAACUGGACAAAAAUACUUACAAUGUUUUCACAGAUGAUCUGACACCAAAGCUCUUCUGGAGCUGUGAGCAGAAUUCCAUUCAAAAGGAUUCCUUGACAGAAAAUAAAAGCCUUUCUUGUUGCAGACAUGAGGAAUCGAGCUGUUCUGAUGCUUACUGCUGCAGCUGUGUUCCUCUUCAUCACCAUCAGGUUUUUUAUGAAUUCGGUUGAUGAACAUGAGAAAUCGAAAAAAAAAUUUAGGUUUUAUGAAAUUAAACGAAACCUUGAAGCAGAUAYGGACACAUCAAAACCAAAGUGCAACCUCCCCAGAGUUUGUCCCGAGGACCACUAUGCUUUUAGACUUCGGAGYGGCGCUGCUAACGUUGUUGGGCCACAGAUCUGUUUUGAUGGAAAAAACAUCAUGAGUAACAUCUUAAACAACGUGGGACCAGGACUGAACAUGGUGAUUAUUAAUGGUGAAACUGGAGCUAUAGAAAAAGUUGGCUAUAUCAACGUGAUAACAGGAAAGAGGGCCGACAUUCUGGCAAGUUUGAAAGAGAUCAAACCAGGAAAGAUCGUAUUGGUGGCCUCGUUUAUCAACGCAGCAACAAAAAUGACAAGACAAAUGAGGAACAUCUUUGUGGAUAUGGGGAGCAGUUUGAUCCAUUCUGUCCGACACAGAGACAACUGGGUGUUUGCUGGAAGGUCUGGGGCCAAAAUCAAAAGCAACUUUGAGAAGCAAGCCGUUAAUGAUGAGAAAAUCAACGCUUUUGAUGGAUGGCCACAGAUGGUGGAGGUGGGCGGCUGUUUCCCAAGAAACCUGAAUGCCACACAAUGAGCUGCAACAAAUUAGAGAUAGUAUUUUUUAAAUGUCUUUUGUUGUUGUUUUAAAUCAAUGGACUUCUGAGAUUCCCUUGUAAAAAGACUUAAGCCAACCAUUGGUACUCAGAAUCAUUGGCACCACUGAUGUAACUACAAGACCUUGACAUCUUUAGACAAAAAUGUUUUAUUUCAGUAAUCCUUACUGUAAAAAUGUAUAGGAACAAACUGCAUUUUUUUGUAGUUAUACAAUAAAAUAUACCUUAAACACAAUUAUUUGCACUCUUUUGAUGACUUGUAAGUCGUCCUAACCCUCCUGUUAGGUUYGUUCUGCAGUUUAGGCUUUUGUGUUCCUUAUCAAGAAUGACAAAUCCAGUUAUUUCAAGUAUAAAUCCACAAUAACACAAAUAUUGUCACCUUACCUAAUGCUAUAAUAAAUCUUUCCAUCAACUUGUUUUCUUUUAAAUCUUGUUUGAAUUUUAUUGCCUGUGGCCUCAAUAAUCAGAGCUCAUGCAACAAUGUUUUAAGUAAAAUCGAAUUUGUUGUCAAAAUAAUCCAUGUGUGCUAUUUAUCACAGAUUACUAUGUGUCAAAGAUUGUCGUAGACGUUUGUUUUUAAAUUGUUUCAAAAAUUUUUAAUAGAAAAAAUGAAUAUCUUUUGUGUCCUUGUCUAAUAAAAGAGGGCAGAGACCCAGAACAAUAGCUGAAAGAAAAAAAUGAAU